UUUUUUUAAACCUUAGUUUUCUUUAUAGAACAGCGGAGGCCGAAACGGGCAUGCUUCUUUAGAACAAUUCCAACCCAGACCAGCGGAGAAUAGCCGCGACCCUUUUUCUCUUCAAUUUCAGUUGCAGAGGAGUGGGGGCGGAUUGAUCCAUUGAUUGUAGCACCAUGGCGGAACCGAAGAGCAAAUACGAUCGUCAGCUCAGGAUUUGGGGAGAGCAGGGACAGGAAGCCCUUGAGAAAGCUAGUAUUUGUUUGCUUAAUUGUGGACCGACUGGAUCUGAAACAUUGAAAAAUCUUGUUCUUGGCGGAAUAGGCAGUAUCACCGUUAUUGAUGGAUCUAAAGUUGAGGAAGGCGAUAUGGGGAAUAAUUUUAUGGUGGAUUUGCAGAGCAUUGCACAAUCAAAAGCAAAGUGCGUAUGUGCCUUUCUGCAAGAAUUAAAUGAUUCUGUCAGAGCCAAGUUUGUGGAGGAGUCUCCUGAGGCACUGAUCGAUACAAACCCUGCCUUCUUUCAGCAGUUUACUUUGGUGAUUGCAACCCAGCUGCUUGAAAAUUCAAUCUUAAAACUGGAUAAAAUAUGUCGGCAAUACAAUAUUAUGUUGAUAGUUGCACGAAGUUAUGGUCUCACUGGACUUGUGCGGAUUAGCAUCAAGGAACAUGAUGUGGUUGAUACGAAACCUGAUCAUUUCCUGGAUGACCUUCGACUCAACAAUCCAUGGCCUGAACUCAAGCAGUUUGCAGAAAGUAUUGAUCUUUACACAACAGAUCCAGUCGUCCAUAAGCACACACCUUAUGUGGUUAUCCUUGUAAAAAUUGUAGAGGAGUGGGCCAGUGCUCAUGGUGGCAAGUUUCCUUCUACUAGGGAAGAGAAAAGGGAGUUCAAGGAGCUUUUGAAAUCCAAGAUGAUUUCAUUGGAUGAAGAUAACUAUAAAGAGGCAAUGGAAGCCUCAUUUAAAGUCUCUCUUCCUUGUGGAAUAAGCCCUCAGCUUCAUCAAAUUGUUAAUGAUAGCUCUGUGGAAAUUGAUUCUUCUUCAUAUAAUUUUUGGGUGCUUGUGGCAGCUUUGAAGGAGUUCAUUGAGAAUGAAGGUGGCGGGGAGCCACCACUUGAGGGAUCAAUUCCAGACAUGACAUCGUUGACUGAGUAUUAUAUAAGUUUGCAAAAGAUUUAUCAAUCUAAGGCAGAUGCUGAUUUCCUUGCCAUAGAGCAACAUGUGAAGGGCAUUCUAAAGCGUAUUGGUAGAGAUCCAGACACAAUCUUAAAGACAACUAUAAAGAACUUCUGUAAAAAUGCCAGAAAACUCAUGGUUUGUCGGUACCGUCUCAUUGAGGAUGAAUUCAACUCACCUAUUCUGACAGAGGUUCAAAAAUAUUUAACUGAUGAAGAUUAUAGUGUUGCUGUUGGCUUCUAUGUUCUCCUUCGGGCUGUUGAUCGCUUCACAUCCAAUUACAAUAGAUUCCCUGGUCUUUUUGACGGUGAGGUGCUGUCCUGCAGUGAGAUGGAUGAAGAUACAUCUCGAUUGAAGACCAUAGCUGUUGGUAUCCUAAAUGACAUGGGUUGCAAUGGUUCAAGCUUAUCUGAGGACCUUAUAAGUGAGAUGUGCCGGUAUGGUGGUGCGGAGCUCCAUACAGUAGCAGCUUAUAUUGGAGGAAUAGCUUCACAGGAAGCAAUUAAGCUUAUUACAAAGCAGUUUAUUCCACUAACUGGGACAUUCAUAUUCAAUGGCAUUGAUCACAAGUCUCAGUUGCUGUUCCUGUGAUCUUUCCACUUCAUAGUUCUUUGUGAACUGUUGAUCACGUCGAGAUUUGACUGGAGAAUGUGUUUUUGCUACAAUUAGUAUAUUUUAGUAGUGCAAAGAGGCAAGGUGAGCCACAAAGAUAAAAGACGUUAUUGCUUUUCUCUGGCCACCGAGGCUGCAGAUAGCUUUGGAUUUCUACAAAUUUUUAUUCUAAGGCGACUUUACAAAUUUUCUUUUUCAUUAUCUAUAUGGAUGGUAUGAUUAAUGAUAUGCGUUGUAAUUACCCCCACAAUUUUACAUUACUUGUAAAUACAAUGAUUGAAUUGUAGUUAAUGGCUUUGAUCUUCUA